AUGCACUUUCCCACCAUUUUCGCCGGCGUCGCUGCCUUCUCCUCAGCCGUCAUGGCUGCUCCUCCCAAGCAGAAGCCUUACGUUGGAGUCGCCAUCAUGACUGUCAACGAACCCAUCAACGGUGAACACAGCACUCUUCCCCAGAACGUCCCACUUGGCGUCCUCACCCACCAGGACGGUGUCAAAAUCACCGAGCUCCAGAUCGCCAGAGUUUUCUCGACUGUUAACGGUGUCGAGGCCCCUAGCGCCGACAAAGUCGUUUGCCAGAUGUACAAGGACCAGUAUGCCACUAUUCCCGGCAGCGCGGAGUUUACUGCCAAGAAGGACGCAAAGAUCAGCACAAACUCGGUUCCCCUGGGCUGGAUCCUUUGCCGUGUCAAGGCUUCUUCUUAA